AUGACCUCCCAAUCUAACUCUGGGAAGAUUCCGGUGGAUACCCAUGAAGUGAUAUCUGUGGCUCGGAAGGAAGAAAGUCCGACCAUUAGACGUUCUGCUCAGACCACUUCGAAGGGAAGGUUCUCAUCAGAGUCCUCCCGCAUGAAUUCACGAAUGGAUCCUCAUGAGAGUACCAAUAACCGGACAACCUAUCCAUAUAAUGACGAGGUGAAAUCAAGUCGACUUUAUAACCUACCAGAAGGAAAAACAUUCUAUCCUACGUGGACGGAAUUUCAGGAUCCAUACAAAUAUAUAGCCAGCAUAACAGGAGAAGGUUCUAAAUACGGUAUCGUUAAAAUAAUACCACCUGAAGGAUGGAGACCAAAUUUUUCAUUAGACACAACCAGAUUCAGAUUUAAAACUCGCAAGCAAAAGGUUAAUACGAUGGAAGGUGAAACAAGAGCCAAGCUAAAUUACAUUGAACAACUUCAGCAGUUCCACGCACAACAAGGACGCCCUUUCACAAGAUUGCCACAGUUAGAUAAAGCGCCAAUUGAUUUACAUAAUUUGGCUAAAGCCGUUUCAGAUCGUGGCGGUCCUCACGAGGUGUCAAAAAAUAAGCAAUGGGCAGAGGUUGCUCGAGAAAUCAAAGAAGGCGGAUACUCACAAACCUGUACAUCAGCAUCCAAGACUAUUAAAGAGCGCUACUUCGACUUUAUUGACCCUUAUGAGAAAUAUAUUUCCGAGGCAAAGGAAGAGUGCAAAAGGAAGGGAAAAUCGGAGCUUAAGGUGGAUCACCCUCAGCCUAAUGAUAUGUGCGGUAAAUGUGGUAAACCAACCACAGGCUUUGCCAAGGAUGAUGUUUUGAGUUGCGAAGGAGAUUGCGAAAAGCGGUUUCACAGAGAAUGCCUUGGAAUUCGAAAAGAUCACCUGAAUUCUGACGCUCAGUGGAAUUGUCCGAUGUGCCUUUUCUUGACCGGAACCGAUUAUGGCUUUGAACCCGGUGAUGGCUUCACUUUAAAUGAUUUACAGAGGACGGCCGACAGAUUUCAACAAGCUUACCUCAAAGAUCACCCCGUACCACCUGAAGUAUCGAUGGAGGAUCACAUUGAAUCUGAAUUUUGGAGGCUCGCUCAUGCUAUGGACGACAAUACGGAGGUCUAUUACGGAGCCGAUAUAAAUUCGACCGACUACGGAAGCGGCUUUCCCUGCAGCGAACGAGAUCGCAAUGAUCCGUAUAGUAGAGAUCCUUGGAAUCUUCGAAAUCUGCCUAGAUUAACAGGUUCGUUACUUCACGACAUAACACCGGCUAUUCCGGGAAUGAUGUUACCUUGGGUAUACGUGGGAAUGGCUUUCUCCGCUUUUUGUUGGCAUGUCGAAGACCAUUAUACAUACAGCAUUAAUUUUAUGCACCUGGGCGCGACAAAGACUUGGUAUGGAAUCCCUUCAUCCAACGCUCAUAAAUUCGAAGCAGCUGCAAAAAAACUCUUGCCAGAGUUAUUUCAACAUCAGCCAGACCUCUUGACGCAAUUGACGACAAUAUUGAAUCCGGAAAAGUUAAUACAAGAAGGUGUGGAGGUUUGCGCGAUUGAUCAAAGGCCAAAUCAAUUUGUUAUUACUUUUCCUCAGGCAUAUCACGCCGGCUUUAAUCAUGGGUUGAAUUGUAAUGAGGCUGUUAAUUUUGCCCUACCGGAUUGGGUGAAAUUUGGAGGGGAAUCGAUCAAAUUUUACAAGGAAAUAAAACGACACCAAGUAUUCUCGCAUGAGAAACUUUUGUGGGACAUUGGCGUAAAGAAUUCUCACGACUAUAAUGUGGUCAAAUGGCUCAAAGAACCCUUGUUUGAAAUAUGUUUAAAGGAACUUAAACUUCGAGCCGACGUAAUUCAGAGCCUAAGUUUACCAGGAUCCGUUCACAUAUUCACCGACCCUCAAGACUCCGAGAUGGUGUGUGCAUACUGCAAUGGAUUCAGCUACCUAUCAGCGCUGAAAUUUAAAUGUGUCGAACAAAUUCUCUGCCUAGAGCACGCAAGCUAUGCAUCGGAAACGUGUAAAUGUGAGGAAGAUAAACGUUGUUAUUUCCUCCAAGUACGCAUCAGAGAUCAUCAUCUGAAGAGCCUGAUGGACGACUUCAAUGAAACCUGUGAGGUAGCAUCAAGGAUGACGGAACACUUUCAAAAUGAUUUUGAGAAGGCGACUCGACUAUCCGCCGAAAAGUUGGAAAUAAUACACGACUUUGUCACAAAAAGUGGUUAUGAUUUUGAAUUGGCAGAUUCUCAACAGUUUAUUGACAAAUCCUUGAGCUGGUUUCGAAGGCUUAAGAAGGUCUGCUAUAAAAUUGCAAUAACUCUUUGGCCGACUGUCUAUGACGAAAUUCCUUUGAAUAAAUUCGACAUUUCGGAUUUCUUAGUUAAAUGGGAAAGACGAGUCAAAAGUUUUCAGACGUCGUCCGACAUUCCGCCAUCCAAUCAAAAACACUAUUGUUUCUGUCGUCGACCUGACAAUUUCAAAUCUAUGAUAGAAUGCGAUAUUUGCCACGAGUGGUAUCACUUUGAAUGCAUUGGGAUGGUUGAGGGGGAAGCGGAUUCGUUGGAAGUUUGGACAUGUGCCAUGUGCAACUAUGGCAAAGAUCGAGUCCUCAAGAAGAUACGAAGGACCGUUAAGAAACUUGACCAGCUCGUGCAGGCAACGUCCGAUUUCGAAUAUGCGCCGCAUAAAUCGGACUACCUCGUGGGAAUAGUUCAAAUCAUCAAAUCAAUUGUCGGCGCGGACGAAUUUCGCAUUCGCCGUGCUACUGGCCUCGGCUUAGCCAUCCCCUUCAAUUGUGGAGUCAUUAAGAAUGGAUGGCAGGGCGGAAACUGA